CCAUACUCUCUCAUCACCAUACUCUCUCAUCAACAUACUCUCAUCACCACACUCUCUCAUCACCAUCUCUCAUAGUCAGCUUGCCCAACAAGGCAGCAGCAACCAAGAAUCAAACCUCGCUUCCAUCAGAUACGAGAUCCAACUUCUCCGACUUCAUCAUGGCUGGCCCUCUCACCCACCUCCAGCUCAUCCCGGCUGACACCAUCACCGCGCUGUACGACAGCGACACCGAUACGCUCUACCUCAAUGCUGCAGGUGAACACAUGGACAUCACCCGAGACAUCGGCUUUAAGCGCCUGCCAUUCGCCGGGGGCCUGCUCUUUGAUCUGAAAGGCUGGGUCGGCCCCAUCAUCCUCGGCGAAUCGCCCUACUCUGCCACGUCCAGCUUCAACAUCAAGCUCCCCAGCCCCGUGACCCCGUCAAACACCGUGGUCGUCAACACCGAGAACAAGAAGGGGUGGGUUGUGCCCAUUCAGCCGCUCCUCAAGGACGGUCCCCAGGACGGUCCCCAGGAGACGCAGGCCGCUGUUGAGACUAAGGCAGCUCCCAGCGACAUCCCCGAGGUCAAGACUGUCGCCGGCAACCCUGAGAUCGUCACCGGACUUGGGCAGCACUUCACUAUCAAGCAGGCUGACUCUAUCAAGAGCCAAGGCGCAGGAAUUAACAUCUCCUUUGACAAGAACUACGUCGCCCUAGACGACGCCAGCAUCACAGACGGCAAAAUCGAGUGGAAGUUCACCUCUCACCAGGUCGGCGCCACCGAGGUUGUCGUCACCAUCGGCCAGUCCGACCCCAUCUGGAUUCAGAGCAUAAUCUACCAGGUGAGCAUCGCGCCGCCCAACUCGGACACCAAGAUUAAGCCUCUGGCCUCCUUCUCCGUCGCCCCGGCCAACGGCUCCUCGAACGGCUCCAAAGUCCCUACUCCCAAGAACAGCAUCCCCCUUUCGUGGGACGGCUUCGUCAAUUCCGGCUACAACCUCAUCAAGAACCAGUACCCCGAGGCCAAGCUCUACGUGAUUGAAGCCAAGUCUGCGACGGGCGAGCCGGUGGAAACCGAGUGGGGUCUGGUAAAGAACCGCAUCAUCGCCAAGAUCGACGACAAGAAGACGGCAGUCAUCACGUCCAUCGGCUGGGGCUCUUUCGGUCCCGUCGAGGUCAUCCAGGCUACCUUUGUCGGCAAUGACGUCCUUGAUUGGCCUCUGUCCUUGGAGAUCCAUGAGGCCUUUGCCAUCCUCCGGAAGGGAGGGUACGAGAAACCUGUGAGCGAGGUUACGCUGCGCAGCCCCCUGAUCCCUGGUCCCGUCAACCAGGCAUAUUACUUCUUCAAGAUUGGCAACGAGGUUAUUGCCAUUGGCGCGCUUGACAAGCAGAUCCAGAACGCUAGUCCUACGGGGCAUGAGAUUCAGCAGUCUUAGGAGGCUGAGUGUACUUGGAGACGGGCGUGAAAUAAAACCAUCUUCUCUUCUUACUUUUGCUUAUCAGCUUAGAUAAUUAAUCUUAACGAGACAAUUUAAAUUAUCUAGUGGAUGCUGAAC